UUAUGAUAAUAUCGGGUACUUCUGGCACCCGGGAGCUGAGAUAAGUCAAUCAAUGCAUUGUUGACAAAUUCUUAUCGAUGACUGCAUCAUGAUUAGGAAGGGAUCACAGUUUGUUUGUCUAUUAAGUCCCAGUCUAAAUACUUCACAACUAUUAUCAAUUUAAAAACAAUUUAACCAUAUCGCUAUACCCGCCUUCCAUCUCUCUCGUGACAUUUCAGGAAACCCUCCAUGGACAUUUUUAGCCAAUCAGAAAGCUUUCUGGUAGCGAAUAUCGUUUUCAAUUUAGUCACGCAAAUAUGGAGGCGAUUAGGUAGCGACCUGCUAUAAGAAAUAUAAAACAAGGCGAUCUGGGGGUUUUAUUAACAGAACGUACAAAUGUUUGGUUGAGUUUUGUAGUGUUUAGGUAGGAGUUUGAAAUCCAAGUCGAUUUAUUUGUGUGUUACCUUGAACAGUGGAUGUUUAGCAAAACAAUCGACUGAAGAAGAUUUGUUUUCCUGUAAAUAUUUCUAAUAACUUAGUGAUCAUAUUUGUUGAUUCCUGUUAUAUACGAAAGCCACAGUAUGCAACACACACAUUAUGACAGUGGAGGCUUCCAGAAUGGACUUUAUGGGUCCUCUCCAAACUUUGACGGAUCGACAAUAAAAUUACACCAUGGACAUUACACAGAAACUUCCGAUCCAUGCUUCAACAGUCUCUUCUCAAAUGCUUCUUCGCCCGGGAAUUUUCUUCCAAGAGACCCGCCAUCAUAUGCGGAAUCUACAACGAUUUUCCAUCCAGGGUUCGUUCCGAAUUCGAGUCCGUCGUACUACAAGAUGUCUACUGGACGCCAGGAGAUUCCGGAAUACGGACUAGCUCGUGGCGGCGAGCAGAUUCUAUCAAAAGUCGAUAUUAUGGAUCAGGCGACAGGCUCACUUGACAUCACCCCACGCUAUGAUGCAGAAGGCGGAAGGCUGUUGCACGAGGCAGAUCUCAACUCAAGUCACGAAGAAAACGUGAAACUAGAGAAUUCAGUGGAAUAUAAACCGGAAAUUCAAGGGAUGCAAACAGCAAUCACAGCUAACGAAAACCAUAUAAACCCCAAUGAUAGUAACAAUAAAAAUGAUUCUAAAGAUGACAAAAUAGAACCCGUGGACCAAACAAAUCCGGAAAAGGGUCAUGAUGAGAAAGCCAGAGGAAAUGCGGACGUCAAACCUGCUUUGUCCUAUAUAGCUCUUAUUGCAAAAUCUAUAUUAGAAUCUUCACAAAAAAGACUUAGCCUUGGUUCUAUAUACAACUGGAUUGAAAAGAAUUAUCCUUAUUACCAGAAUCGAGGCCAGGGCUGGAGAAACAGCGUCAGACAUAACCUAUCUUUAAAUGACUGUUUUAUUAAAGCGGGGAGAUGUGAGGAUGGUAAAGGGAAUUACUGGGCCAUACACCCCGCUAAUAUACAGGACUUUAUGCGAGGAGAUUUCCGACAACGAAGAAGAUCCAGGAGAAGAGGCAGAAAGAAGGAAGUGGAAUUAGGAAUGUAUCAUUUGACAAACGGAUAUAGCCCCCUCACACCCAGUGUCCCAUUUUCGCCCUCCGCGACCGCAUUUAAUUCCAUCUAUUCCCCAUACACUGAGGCUGAGCGCCGUGCAUACAGACUAGACGAAGCUCUACUUAGGCAGAGUAUGAACAAUCCCUUUAUGAAGUGGUACCAUAAUGGAGUUCCGAAUGGAACAUAUCCCGCACAAAAUACCGGAUGUAAUACAGGGAUGUAUAAUAACUCCUCCACCCAGUGGCAAGGGUACGGGGACCAGUCAGCCCAGUCUGUCUACCACUCACCCCUAUCACGGUACGUGUCCGAAUAA